CGCAUCGGGACCGGGCUCGAGCCGAGCUGCACAGAGCUUCACUAUUUAGUUUAACAGAGAGUGCGCCGCGACUUCGCUCGAAACAUUAAAGUGAUGCAUGACAAAGCGCGCAGUGUGAGCGGCGCCGCGCUCGACGAGUACUGCGAGCUGAGCGAGAGUGCCUGCAGCUGCGACUCCGGCUUGGAGAACUCGCCCGCCUGCCACUCUGCGCAACGUACCACCCUCACGCCGCAUAAACACACUAACGCGAGGCGAAGGCUCUUCGAUAAAGAAUUCGGUUACAUUUUCCAGGAUUCAAUAGAAGCUAUUAAGAGCUUCGAGGACGACCUCCUCCCGGGUGUCGACACGUCGACUCCCGUCAAGUCGAAAGAGAAAAAACCAAAGGAUCGAAACGAGCCGAAAAGAAAAUAUGCAAAUGGAAAAAAUAGAGUUACAAGAUGCAAGAGCCCGUCGCAAAUAAUCCGAAUCAAAAGGAACCGACGAAUGAAGGCGAACGACCGCGAGCGCAACAGGAUGCACAUGCUGAACGAAGCGCUGGACCGGCUGCGCGCCGCGCUGCCUGCCUUCCCCGAGGACACCAAGCUCACCAAAAUAGAGACGCUGCGGUUCGCGCACAACUACAUACUUGCCCUCGGACGCACGCUGCAAGCGCUAGACGGCGGGCGCGCCGACCCCACUCCGGCCUGCGGACUGAUGGACAACUGCCUCGCGCCGCCCGAUAAACUACAUAAAGAUGCGUUUAGAGAUAUAUUUCUGCUAGCCAACAAGAGCGAGGACUACGCCGCGGACGGCGACUACAGAAGUUUCCAGGGAUUCAGCAAACCUUUCCCUGACGGAUCUAAUUUCUUACGUACAUCGGAAGGCGUAUUGAUCAACGUGGGCAACGUAACUGUGUCCGUGAAUAACGCGGGCGGCAAUUGCAUCGCAUCCGCCACGGGCAGCGGCUUCUUCUCCGCGCCCGGCGACUCCGCCAGCGGCCGCCAUGACGACAGCGGAUAUCACUUCCCAGCAUUUAACGAGUCUGAAGAUUAUUUUAAUCAGAAACACUACGAAAUAUUUAAAACGGCGUUUGAGAGUGCCGCGAGCCAUUCAAAUGUAACAAACCUUGAGGUGGGUCGCGGCGAAGGGUGGUGGCCGGCGACGGCGGCUAGUGCGCCUCGCCUUGCCGAAACUCCCUCGCACCACGACUAUUACUACAACGAACAGGGUUAUUAUGGAAGUUAUUACAGGAAUAAUAUGAUUAACGCUCAAAUUUGAUGAUGUGCCCAAAAAGGUUGUGAAAUUAUCUAGUCACUAUGAAUUUGUAAAAACUAUUUUCAUGUUAUUUACAAUUUUA